AAAAAUAUAUACUAUUUAAUAAUUUAAAAAUAAGAAAAUAAAGUAUAUUGGUUUUCUCGAGGAUGGAGAACUCGUACGACUCAGCAGCAGCAGCCAAGUGGUCUGAUUCAACAAGUCCAUAUAACAUGGUCUCAUGGUCAUUAUUACAACCUGGUUCCUCAGAUUCUGAUCUUAGCCGCUUUAACCUUGGUUCCUCUGAUGAAUUAGUCGGUGGGAACGACAAGGCUGAGUCGGUUUCAAGAAGCCACCGUCUAGCGGAGAAGAGACGCCGUGACCGUAUUAAUUCUCACCUCUCCGCGCUCCGGAAACUCGUCCCUGAUUCCGACAAGUUAGACAAAGCAGCACUCUUAGCAAGCGUGAUUGAACAAGUGAAGGAACUAAAACAAGAAGCAAAAGAAUCUCCAAUCUUCCAAGAUCUUCCAACAGAAGCAGACGAAGUAACCAUCCUGCCUGAAACCAACUCCAACACAACCAUCUUCAAAGCUUCUUUCUGCUGUCCAGAUCAAACCGAAGCAAUCUCAGAGAUCGUUAGCGUUCUCACAAAGUUUAAACUCGAGACAAUACAAGGUGAGAUUAUCUGCGUUGGAGGAAGAAUGAGAAUCAAUUUCAUCUUAAAAGAGACAGCAACUACUACAUCAGUAAAAGCUUUGAAGCAAUCUCUAUGCGCUGCGUUGAACCGAAUCACAUCAUUGACUACUUCAUCGGUUUGUAGGAUCAGAAGCAAAAGGCAGAGAUGGUUCCUCUCUUCUAACUACUCACAGUGAUAUCUUAGUAGAAUACAAACCCAUUUGUUUUGUUAGCAAUUUAAAGUUAUAAGAUAUUGCAAGAAUUGUAAUUAAACUGGUGAAAAUGUGAUUAGAUAGAUAAAGCUUUAACAUUAAUGUAGGAUCCAUACAAAUCCGACAAGAACGAAGCCAAGAAAAGAUAAAACUGAAGCAAGAUCAAACAAAAGUACUUAGGGAAAG